GCGCGGCGAAAGAUGGAGGCGGCCCGGCGGCUUUGAGCCGGUAGGCUUGUGGCGCGGGAGCGAGGUCGCCUUUUCGCAGCCUCCUUGCCCCACAUCCCCGAGGUGUUUCGCGUCUUUGGUGGCUCCCCGAGCCUGUGGAGCAGCUAAGUGGAGCCGGGACUGAGGCCACCAGGCGCCUUUGCCGGGACUUCACCCGCCAGAAUUCUGGUGUCCGCACAGACGUUCAUCAGACAACGGAGGUGUGGUGGCCCUGGGACACAUGUCUGAGGUAGGGGUAGGAGAGCCCCUGGAAGCCGAGCGAGGAACAGAGGAUGACGCUCUGCCUUCCGACACCGUCUCUCUUAGUGACUCGGACUCCGAUUUCAGCUUGCCUGGCAGUACUGAGAUGGAAGCUCUGCCCCCGGGGGUGCAGUCUGGGGAGGCCCAGGGGGACUCAGACCCCGAUGAGACCCCUUUGCCUUCGAAAGGCCUCCCCACAGCCUCAGUACAGCCCUUCCACCUGAGAGGCACGAGCUCCACCUUUUCCUGGCGCAGCCGCAACAUCUUUGACUGCCUGGAGGGCGCAGCCAGGCAAGACCUGGGUGACCAUGAGGAUUUCAUGCAGCCACCGGCAUCCUCACACCAGCCUCCAGGAGAGGGCCCGGGCAGGGCCAGUCAGAGCCCUGCCCCCACUAAGUUGCCCCCCAUCCCUGAUUACAUGGCCCACCCUGAGCGCUGGACCAAGUACAGCCUGGAAAACGUAGCCGAGGUCAGUGAGCAGAGCAAUCAGGCUGCCGCCCUGGCCUUCCUGAGCUCCCAGAGCCUGGCUGGCCCCAGAGACUACAUGCCGUCCUUCAACCAGGAUCCCUCCAGCUGUGGGGAGGGAAGAGUCCUCUUCACCAAACCAGCCCGAGCUGGCGAGGCCAGGCCUGAGAGGAAGAGGGCCCUGAGGAAGGCAGGAGAGCCAGGCAGGGGUGCCCCUGGGGACCUGGGAGCAGCAGGGGGUGAGGGCCCUGUGGAGCUGGCCCACCUGGCAGCAGAGCCUGGGAGCCCAGAGGCUGAGGAAGGGAACAGCCCCCACGGGGGGCUACAGGAAGUGGACGUGCCACAGGGGGCUGCCCAUGCUAGGUCAGCGGCGGGGCCCCCAGUGGUGGAGACUGUUGGCUUCCACGGUAGCAGGAAGCGGAGCAGGGACCAUUUCCGGAACAAGAACAACACACCUGAGGCCCCAGGUGCAGAGAUCUGAGAGAAGAGACUGCCUGGCUGGCGUUUCCUGACCAUGCGGUGGAGGAGGGCAGCCGGGAUCACUGGCCACUUGGAGUGGAGUGGAGUUUGGGGCCCCCCGCCCUGGAAAGGGAGCCAGCGGCAUGGGCUAGGGCUCGGGAUAGUGGUCUCUGAAGCAGACAGCUUGCCAGUGGACAGCAAAGACCCUGGCCCACUACAUGCCUGUGGGGCCACAGUAAAGGUUUUCGGUGUUGCUCA